CCUUCCUCAGAACUCCACCCGCCUCCCUGGCCUCCCCCGGAGCCCCCUCCGCCUCCCCUGCCUCCCCCAGAACUCCAUUCGCCUCCCCUGCCUCCGCCGGAGCCCCCUCCGCCUCCUUUACCUCCACCAGAGUUCCAUCCCCCACUACCACCACAUCCCUGCGAACCACAUCUACUGUUUACAGCUGCAAUGAGUGGCAGAUUCGGCUCUAUUUUGCGUUUCAUGAUUUUGGCUGCCAUACUUAUUGCCACCAAUGAGCCACAAAUCACAAUAAUCAUAAGAGGUCUUGCCUAUAUGUAUAAGAAAUAA